ACGAGCGCGGCGGAGGAUGCUGACGAGCGCGAGCGUGUGUGCGCUUCAUCCGUGGCGCUUCAUCCUGCUCUUGUUUGUAUUCUGAGCAACUUUCUCCGGUCGGAUGCCAUCCCGGGAGACAUGCGUCUGCUCGUUUUGGCGACUCUUCUUGGAGUCUUGGUUCACGCAGGAGACACUCUUCAGAUCCAGUGUUACCAGUGUGAGGAGAUGAAACACAACGACUGCUCAACGCCCGAGUACAUCGUCAACUGCACCGUCAACGUGCAGGACAUGUGCCAGAAGGAAGUGCUGGUCAAAGCCGACGGCAUUCAUUAUCGGAAGUCAUGCGCAUCGUCCGCGGCGUGCCUCAUCGCCUCCUCGGGCUACCAGCAGUUCUGCACCGGGAGGCUGAACUCGGUCUGCAUUUCCUGCUGCAACACGGCACUCUGCAACGGGCCCAAGAGGAAGCGGGCCGCUCCCUCCAUGGCGACGCCUAAGCCUCAGAUGAGCAUUGGCCUCGCUCUCCUUCUCCCGCUUCUUUCUCUCGUUUGAUUUGAGCCACGGGAUGGUUGUCAUCAAAGCUCUUUCCCGCAUAAAUCCAAAAAGUACAUUUAAGGGAAAUUCUGAACCCUUGCCACUUGGAAGCUCGGUGGACACGCCUUUUCGAUCAUCUUGGAUUCUUUUUUUCUUUUUGCUGCGCCAAAAUAUGAGAUGGACUUUUUGCUUCCGUCAUGGCUGCUAAUCUACGAACUGUCUGUGUCGAUGUAGUUGGAAAGGAAAUGCGUAGCGCUGAUUUUUUUUGUGCCUAAAAAAAACGCGCUGAUAUAUUUCGGUUAACAUCUGAAGAGCACAAAGUGAAAAGUGAGUGAAGGCAACACAAGGACCAUAAGCACAAUUUAAUUCUCACCCGAGAGCUGCUUCGAGUUGUAAUUCAUGUUUAGAAUUAGAUCAAUUAGCUUGAUUAGAUCCAAUUGUCAUGAUUUUACGACCCUUUCAUGCUUGCAUGGGAUUCUUUCCUCAGUAUGCAUAAUAGUCUUUAUUUGGUUCUAUGUUUUCUUGUUAAAGAUAUUGUUGCUUUGUUCUGAUUGGUCUUUUGUGAAGAGUACAACUAUUCUUCAGAUCAAUAAAUGUUGUGUUGACAGAG